AUGUCAACAAAAAUAUUUUCUAUUUGUUCAGCCCAGAUUGAAGUUAUCCCUUGUAAGAUCUGCGGUGAUAAAUCCUCUGGAGUGCAUUAUGGAGUCAUCACAUGUGAAGGUUGCAAGGGAUUUUUCCGGCGUAGCCAGCUGCCCACAGUGUCCUACUCCUGUUCCAGGCAGAGUAACUGUACCAUCGAUAGGUCCAGCCGCAACCGCUGCCAACACUGCCGUCUGCAGAAGUGCUUGACCCUGGGCAUGAGCAGAGACGCUGUUAAGUUUGGUCGGAUGUCCAAGCGCCAGCGAGACUCUCUCAUCGCUGAAGUGGAGAGGCACCGACAGCAGCAGCAGCAGCAGCAGCAGCAGCAGCAACAGCUCCAAGUAGAUGCCCAGUCAAGCUUGGCCUACCACACCAAGGAGCGCCAGGGCUCCUCCCCACAUCUUCAUCAACCCAUGACGUCAGCCUACUGCUCUGGGGAAUCUGAGCUGCUGUCGUUCACAACCGAUGUUCAUCCCUACCUGCUCUGCUCUCCUAACCAGCCACAAGUAUCAGAUAUGAUCUAUAGAAGCUCUGGCGUCUCACCUCCAUCAAGAGCUCACAUGAGUGGGGACACCAGUGGACAUUCUGAUAUCAGAGGAUUCAAUUCCAGACAGCCCUCACUUGACCCGAUGGCGAUUCAUCCCUACAAUCCACCAGAGGAUCUUCGUGGCCCCUAUCCUUCCUCGCUGCGUAGUAUAGAUGAGCUGUGUGACAGCAUCGUGCGCUCCAACAAAGACACCUGCCAGUAUCGAGCUGAGGAGCUGCAGGCGCUCAGGUGGAAGGUGUUCAGCAGGGAGGAGCUGCAAGCCUAUCAGAGCAAGUCUGUGGAUGAGAUGUGGCAGCACUGUGCCGUUAGGCUGACUGAUGCCGUACAGUACGUGGUGGAGUUUGCAAAGCACAUCCCUGGAUUCCGUCUGCUCAGUCAGAACGACCAGAUCGCCCUUCUCAAGACUGGUUCUAUGGAGGUCGUUCUGGUGAGGAUGAGUCGCUUCUUCAACACAGAGAACAACACCGUCUUCUUUGAUGGUAAAUUUGCUGGAACUGAAGUCUUCAAGUCUUUGGCGUGCGGCGAUUUAAUAGCGGCGGUGUUUGACUUUGCUCACAGCUUGUGUGCUUUAAAGCUCACCGAUCAACAGGUGGCCCUUUUCAGUGCACUGGUGUUGAUCAAUGCAGAUCGUCCAUGUCUGGAGGACAGAGGCAAGGUCCAGCGCAUGCAGAGAACUGUGGAGUUGGGUCUCACACAUAUUCUACAGAGAGACAACCGGGAGAGUCUAAUGCACAAGCUGUACCAAAGGAUGUACGUGUUGCGCUCACUGUGCAGUCUGCACAUGGAGAAGCUGCGCUGGUUCAGUCAGCGCUACCCACUGACCGCCCACUCACUUUUCCCUCCACUCUACAAGGAGCUGUUUGCGUCUGAGGCAGAGUUGAUGUUGCUCCCUGGAGCCACACACUGAUCACACCCAAAACAACACACACACACAUACAUACAGACACACAUAUCUAAUGUGAUCCAAUACAAUAAUUGUAUGAAAAAGGAUGCACAUCCAGUAUGUGGCUCAGGGUACUCCCUUGACUUGCAGUCAACUGCAAGGCACAUAUUUGACAACUAUUCACAUUCACCUUCACACCCAUGGACAAUUAUAGCGUUUUAAAUUAACGUAAUAUGCAUGUUAUUAGGAAGUGGGAGGAUGCCGGAGUGAGGCAGACGUGCAACCAUAUGCUACACCUAAAAUACUGUACAGUACUUCCACAAAUAGUUGACAGGGGUGUUUGUAGUUGUGGGGAAGGUGUCUUUUAGGGGAUAAUUUUAGAUCAAGUAACCCCAUGAGGCCUACUGUGAGUACCGAAAAGCUGUAAUUACCAUUCUCCCAAAAAGGUUUAUAAGUGCCUCUAUUCACACCCUAAAUAUACUCCAAACAAGCUAAGGUCCCAAAACAGUUAAAUAUCAUUUCACUCAUCUUAAACCAUUAAUCUUGAAAACAAAUAGCAUACAGAUAAUUUCAUUUGGGUGGGAUGGUGGAGGACUGGUUAGCACGUCUGCCUCACAGUUUGAGGACCCAAAUUCAAAUCCAGCUUCGCCUGUGUGGAGUUUGCAUGUUCUCCCUGUCUCUGCGUGGGUUAUCACUGGGUAUUCCGGUUUCGUCCCACAUCCCCAAAACGUACAUUCAUUGAAGAACCUAAAUCGCCCAUAGGUGUGAAUGUGAGUGCAAAUUGUUUGCUGUAUACCUAACCUGUGAUUGGCUGAGGAUUAUUUCAGGGUACACGCCGCAGUUCUUCCAGAGUCAGCUGGGAUAGGCACCAGCAUGCGUGCAACCCUACUGAGGAGCGGUACAGAAAAUGGAUAUAUGAAUUAUUUAUUUGGC